AUGAGCGCUGAGGAAAGUUUAAAUCUGUCCUCUUUGAGAGACAAGAUAUCUUCCAAGUUAAAUAAGAAGAAACCUAAGAAAGUGUCCACUGAUGAGGACGACAUUGUAUUGCGUCGUGAAGCCAUGGCUUUGGGUGCCACCGAGGACGAUCUGAAACUGGUUAAGAAUGUGAAGGCUGAUAAUGAGGCAGAGGCUAGCGAACAGGAGUUUUCGGGAGAUGACGCCGAACCUGAUUUGAAGGAAGAUUUGAAGAAGUUCGUUAAGGAUAUUGGAUUCAAUGAAGAAAUUGCUUCUAAGGAUGAAGAAGAAGAACUUAGUUCUGAAGACGUUGACGAAGAAGAGCAAGAACAAGAGCAAGAGCAAGAGCAAGAACAAAGUUCUGAAGAAGAAGAACCAGAACAAGAGGAAAGUGCUGAACAAGAGGAAUCCGAUGUAGAAACUGAGGUUUCGAAAGAUAAACAAAACAGUGGAUUUGUUUCCCAAACUACAAUGUUAAACACUGAUAAAUUAUUGAUCCCAAUCGAUACUGCAUGGUAUGAUGUUCCAUUAGAUCCUCAAGUGACUGAAAAUAUUAAAAGGAACGUCGAUACAUUCAUGUCUAAGGAUAAACUUGAGAGUCUAUUAGAAAGAGGAAAAUUAGCUUUAGAAUCAGAAAAUCAAUUAUUUUAUGAUGAAUUUACUAAGGAAUCCUCUCAAAGAAAGUUUAUGUCUCAAAUGCUAUCAGAUGGUACUUUGAGUGAUAAAAUUUCUGCUUUAACUUUAUUGAUUCAGGAAUCUCCAAUACAUAACAUGAAAUCAUUGGAUACUUUAUUUUCUUAUUGUAACAAGAAAUCAAGAAACUCUCAGUUACAAAGUAUUAAUGCAUUGAAGGAUUUGUUCCUAAGUGGUCUUUUACCAGAUAGAAAAUUAAGAUAUUUUAAGAAUCAACCUGGUUUAUCAAUGAUGUUAAAUAAACGUACUUUGGCAAUCUUCUAUUUUGAAGAUUACUUAAAGAAGUUCUUCUUUGGAAUCUUAGAAGUACUUGAAAAGAUCUCUCACGAUCCAAUUAUUCACGUUAGAUCUCAAACUUUAACUCAUGUCUUUGACAUGAUCACUAAAAAACCAGAACAAGAAUUCAAUUUAUUAAGAUUAGGUGUUAACAAGUUAGGUGAUAUCGACUCUAAAGUAUCCUCAAAGACCUCAUACUUGUUAUUAUCUUUGGAACAAGCCCAUCCAAAUAUGAAAAGUGUGAUCAUUGAUGCCAUUGUCGACAUUGCAUUGAGACCUAAUGCGGAUUAUCAUGCUAUCUAUUACUCUGUCAUCACGUUGAACCAAACGAUUUUGAAAAGAUCGGAUGAUGAUCUUGCUAACAAAUUGAUUAAGACUUAUUUCACUUUGUUCAGUAAAUUCUUAAUCAGUAACGAUAAAGAACAAACUGACGACGUAGAGGUCAAAAGUGAAGCUAAAGGCUACGAAAAGAAAAGAAAAAAGAACUUCAAAAGAGGGAAGAAUGGUGGAAAAUCAGUUAAGAUGGAGAAAACUGAUGCAGAAGUUCUGAAUGAAAAGAACUCAAAAUUGUUUAGUGCUCUAUUGACUGGUAUUAAUCGUGCUUUCCCAUUUGCACAAUUACCAGCAUCUGUGUAUGAAUCCCAUUUAGAAACUCUUUUCAGGAUUACCCAUUCUGCAAACUUUAACACAUCUGUCCAAGCUUUAGUCUUGAUCAAUCAAGUCACCGUUAAAGCUAAAUUAAAUAAUGACAGAUAUUACAGAACUCUUUAUGAAGCUCUAUUAGAUCAAAGAUUAUUGAACUCCUCCAAACAAGGUAUCUUCUUAAAUUUGUUGUUCAAAUCUUUGAAACAAGAUGCAAGCAACGUUGCUCGUGUCGAAGCCUUUGUGAAGAGAAUUUUACAAGUUUCAGCACAUUGGCUAAAUAUUGGAACCACCACUGGUUUCUUAUACCUUUUGAUACAACUAACUAAAAUGGUUCCUCAAAUCAGAAACCUAUUAACCAAUUCCCCAAUGGACGAUGAAUAUUUAAGUGAUAAUGAAGACAAGACUGAUGACAAGACAAAGAAUAUUUAUGAUAGUCGUAAGCGUGACCCAAGAUUUGCUAACGCGGAUAAAUCUUCACUAUGGGAAAUUACUUACUUUUUAAACCAUUUCCAUCCAACCGUUCAAACUUACUCUAAUGCAUUUGUCGAAAAUAGUACAACAGAUAUUACAAAGCCAGACCUUGGUUUAUUCACAUUGACCCACUUCCUUGAUAGAUUUGUCUAUAGAAAUGCCAAACAAAAACCAAUAAAUAGAGGUAGCUCUAUUAUGCAACCCCUAUUUGGUGGUUCCAAAAUUAAUGAUGCAUUAUUAGUAAAAGCUUCAGAUAUUAGUCCUGAAAACGCUCCAGUAAACACCGAAAACUGGCUUGACAAGAAGAUGGAGGAUAUUAAACCAGAGGACAAGUUCUUCUACCAAUAUUUCUCUACCAAAAAGAGUGCAGUCAAGAAACAGAAGGGUACUACCUCAGACAAGUUUGAUGAAGAUGACGAAAUGGAUGAAGACGAAAUUUGGAAUGCUUUAGUCAAAUCUAGACCGGAGGUUGAAGAUGAUAGCGAGGAUGAUAUUGGUUUUGACGAUGAUGACUUAGGGUCUAUGAGUGAUUCUGAUUCUGAUAACGACCUAGAAGGAGCUAUGAAUGAUUCGAAUGUUGAAGAUGAAAGUGACAAUGAACCUAUUGAACUCCAGACUUUACCGGAAUCAGAACAGUCUGAUGGCGGUGAGAACGAAGAAGAGUUCUAUAGUUUUGCUGAUGAAAAGGAUGAAACUCCAAAUAAACGUUCUUCAGAUGAUACUGAUGAUAGCGAGAAAGCGAAGAAGAAGAGAAAGAAGCAAAAGAUGAAGGAAUUACCACUAUUCGCAUCGGCAGAUGAUUAUGCCAAAUACAUGGAAUCUGAUUAA